GCUCUCAGCUAAAGCAGAACCGUUCGCUCCAGCAUCGCCGCCGCCGCCGCAGCAGCAGGGAUAGAAACCCAGUGCCUUAACCUGUCUCGACGCUAGUUGGUUACCGACUCUGUGACCUAACACACGUACUUACUUUCACUCGUCUCUUUCCACCGUUUUGAUUUAACGAGUACCCGUUCAAGCCGAACCUUUAGCACUUCAAGAUGCCUUUCGCCCCUGCCGAGAUCCCCAAGUGCCCGAAGUGCUCCAAGUCCGUGUACGCCGCCGAAGAGCGCGUAGCCGGUGGCUUGAAAUGGCACAAGCAGUGCUUCAAAUGCGGCCUGUGCAACAAGAUGUUGGACUCGACCAACGCCAACACUCACGAGAAUGAGCUCUUCUGCAAGGUUUGUCACGCUCGCAAGUACGGACCUAAGGGAUACGGAUUCGGCGGUGGUGCUGGCGCCUUGAGCAUGGACACCGGUGAACAUCUGGGCAACACUCAGUCCGUCUCCAACCGUCCGGUCCCGAUUGCCGAGAAGCCCGUGCCCCAAGCUCCGGCCGGAGAAGGAUGUCCUCGCUGCGGAGGCCACGUCUACGAAGCUGAAAGGAUGUUGGCCGGAGGACGGUCAUGGCACAAGAAGUGCUACAAGUGCAAGGACUGCCGCAAGCAUUUGGAUUCGACCAAUUGCUGCGAAGCGCCCGACAAAGAGAUUUACUGUAAACUGUGCUACGGCAAGAAGUUUGGACCGUCCGGCUACGGUUUUGGCCAAGGUGCCGGUAUCUUGCAGAGCGACGCUCUGACAGUUUCGAGCGAUGCGGAAAAGAUGAGACCGAGCCGGCCGGAUUUGGGGGUCAUCAAGGCCGUCGAAGGCCAGGAUGGUUGCCCGCGCUGCGGUGGAGCCGUUUUUGCCGCUGAACAAAUGUUGGCUCGCGGAACGGUGUGGCACAAGACUUGCUUCAACUGCAAGGAGUGUCAUCGUGUCUUGGACUCGGUGCUGGCCUGUGACGGACCAGAUCGCGACGUCUACUGCAAGCUCUGCUAUGCCAAGAAAUUCGGCCCUAAAGGCUACGGAUUCGGCGCUGGUGGCGCUUUCCUGAUGGCCGAUUCCAUCCCGAAUGGAAUGGAAAUGGCAUUCAAAUCGAUUGAUACCAAGACCAUCAAGGCUCCCGAAGGCCAGGGAUGCCCUCGCUGCGGUGGAUGCGUCUUUGCGGCUGAAAUGAUGCUUUCCAAGGGACAGGAAUGGCAUAAACUGUGCUUUAAUUGUGCUGAUUGCCAUCGGCCACUUGAUUCGGUUUUGGCCUGCGACGGCCCUAACAAGGAUAUUUAUUGCAAGGCUUGCUACGGCAAGCGAUGGGGACCGAAAGGUUUCGGUUACGGACACGCCCCAACUUUGGUAUGCACGUCGGGAAGUGCUGAUGUGCCCGUCGAGGCCAAGCAAGGCAUCAAGGCUCCCGAAGGCGAAGGCUGCCCUCGAUGCGGUUUCUUCGUCUACGCUGCUGAGCAGAUGAUUAGCAAGACCCGAAUCUGGCACAAACGCUGUUUCAAUUGCGGUGAUUGUCACCGUUCGUUGGACUCGACCAACCUGAACGACGGUCAAGACAAUGAGAUUUACUGUGCCGGUUGCUAUCGCAAAAAAUACGGACCCCAUGGCGUCGGUUACGGAAUGGGUGCUGGAGCUCUCCAGACUUUUUAAAAGAAAAUGAAAAACGAAAGUUUGUUCGACGAUGAUUGUUGAUGGUGGCACGACGAAACGCGCGCUGUCCGCUGCUUCAGACCCCAACACAAAAAAAAAAAAAAAAAAAAAAAAAAAAUAGAAAAAGAUAAUUAAUCAACGCUUUUUUUGAAAUGGAAUGAGGAAAUCUUUUCUAUAAUUAAAACACACACACAAAAAAAAAAAAGAAGAAAAGGGAAUAAUUUUUCAAGCUUUUUGAUAUACGUGUCCGAAAAAGAGUCUUAAUUUACCCAACCAAAAAUAAUCCACACUGUUCAAUCCUUUUUGAUUGUUGUUUCUCCUUCCGCUCGAGUUUGUCCUCCUCUAAAAUGACUUAAAUACUAAUGGAUCAUUUAUCUCUUUAUAUUCGGUAGCUAUCUAGUUUCUUAAUGGCAAGCCAUUUCUUUUUGCAAAAUGUCAUUUUUUUGUUUUUGUUUUUUUUUUGAAUUUCGAAGUGAAAAUGUUCCUCUUAUUCACGGAAUGAGUCGUUCUAGUCCCUCAUUUUAUACGUGCAUCUUAUCGAGAAGCCCUUAAAAAAAAAGAAGAAUGAAAUCAAAAUUGAAUGACGGAUAGAGAAAAGAGAGAGAAAGAAAACGACAACAGGUGACGCUUAGGUUCCCAUUUCUUGGACAUUUCUCUUUUCAUUUUUUAAUAUUUUUUUUAUCCUUUUUGGGGUUUGUUUAUUUCUUUUUUCUGUUUGGCUUUUGAUAUUAUUAUUUGAUGCUGCUAUUUUCUUAUUAUUUAUAAAACACAUGUUGAAUUUUUUAUGUUAUUUGAAGGAGAGCGCGCAUGUGUAUGAUGACGAUGUGUCCGAGCGUGAUGAAAAGAAGGCCAUGUAUGUAUAA